UUGCCGACUUAAAGGAUGUCUAAAUCCUUGUUUAUCUUGGCCACAGGCCUCCUUUGUUUGGCAUUUAGCAUAGCUGAUCCUGUAGUUUCAUCAGUAGUGCAAGAAAUUUGCAGUAUGUUGCCAGCUUUUACGAAAAUCCUUGUUCCCGGUUCGUGUAUUGAUUGGGCUGAAUGUGGAGAAGCAUCGGAAAUUAUCGAUAGUGGAACAUGCCUAGAAGGCUGGUAUUUUGACAAAAACUCAGCUAAAUGCAGCAAAAGCUCAAACGUCGAAUGUCCAUUUGCGAAGAACUUGAAAAAACCCUGUGCUUCGGAACAAAACGGAACAUUUUUGCGAAACCCUGACGAUUGUACAGGAUUCAUUUAUUGUGAAAAUGGUGUUGAACUGUACUCAAAUUGUCCAACUGGUUUGAAUUUCAAUCCAGAAACUUCAGGUUGUGUUUAUCCAAAUGAGUACACUUGCCCUAAAGAAGAAGAAGAUAGUUCAGAUAAUGCUAUUUGUAUGUCAGUUGCUGACAAUAUCCGUAUGGCUGAUCCAACUUCUUGUACAGCUUUUAAAGUUUGUAAUAAAGGCAUUCUCAAAACUACAAAAUGCAUUGCUGGAACUUAUUUCAGUCGUGAAUUGAAACGAUGCAGUGAUUUGGAAGAUAGUGAUUGUGCUUUAGUCGAGACAACAACCGAAGAACCUUCAAACAUUAUUUGUGGAACUGAUGACGAACCAAUUGUUGGAUUCAUUUCGGAUGAAGUCUCUUGCAGUGGAUAUUAUUUCUGCGAUGAAAUGGAAAAUGGAAAAGCUGAUCGGAAUCCAGUUUUUGGCAGAUGUGAAGAUGGAAAAUUCUUCGAUGUUAAUUCGUUUUCGUGCAAGGAUCGUGUUAAUGUUCGAUGUCUUCAUGAUCGUUGUGAAGGUAUGGGAACAAAGUUUGCUAAUCUUCAAGGUGAUUGCUCUAAAUAUACUUAUUGUAAUGGUGGAGUUAGUACUUCGGAGGGUUCGUGUCCAGAGGAUUUCUAUUUUGAUGAGAAGACACAAAGUUGCACAAAGAAAGUCAUAACUUAUUUGGCUUGUGUGGAUUAA